UGUGCGUCUGUGUUCACACGUGUGCGUGCAUUGGAGUUGUUCUUUUUUUUCAAUCUGACCACAGAACCUGUUAGCUCACUGUUUGCUUCCUCUUAGAGCACACACAAACGCACACACACACCCACACACAAACGCAUCACAACACACAAUUGAUAGGGAGGCAGAUACAGGCAGAAGUAUCUUGAUGUUAGAGUUGCAUUAGAUAAGUUGUCAGGGGAAACUCUCUCCCGGUUGAACUGCCGCGCAACAAACCAUUUGGAGUCAUUUGAAGAUGUGCCUUCAAUGAGAAGGAGUAGAGUUCAACUUUGGGGAUUUUCCUGGCAUAGCUGGAGGACACAAGGUGCCUGUUGGGCUAGUCAUGGAGGAGCAGGCCAUGGUACUCAGGCGCCUCCUGGUUCAUCUGGAGAACAAGGAGGCACAAGAGGAUUCGGAGGACGGAUUUGCUGAGGAGUUCUCGAGGUUGAAAAUGCAGUCCAUCCAGUACCGCAAUGACAACACCUUCCCGAGCAAGGCGGCUGUGAUUAAGGACAACGUCAAGAAGAACCGAUACAAGGACAUUGUUCCCUUCGAUCACACAAGAGUAAAACUCUCUCUGAAAACCAGCAAAAAUGAUGAAGACUACAUCAACGCUAGCUUCAUCAAGGGAGUCUCGGACUCCAGGGCAUACAUUGCUACUCAAGGUCCUCUUCCUCAUACGGUGCUGGACUUCUUGAGGAUGAUCUGGGAGUACAAAGUAGAGGUCGUCGUGAUGGCCUGUCGGGAGUUUGAGAUGGGGAGGAAAAAGUGUGAGCGCUACUGGCCAGAGACGCAAGCAGAACAGUUUGUCUGUGGGCCUUUCACAAUUGACUGUGAUGACGAGGAAAAUAAAGGGGACUAUCACGCAAGAAAACUAAGGAUUACCUUUCAAAAUUGUAGUCGGGCGCUGCAUCAGCUGCACUACUACAACUGGCCUGACCACGGCGUGCCCGACUCCAUCCCCCCCAUCCUGGAGAUGCUGCUGGAGAUGCGGAUAUGCCAGGAUCACGAUGACGUACCCAUCGUCAUUCACUGCAGUGCUGGCUGUGGGCGAACAGGAGUGCUGUGUGUCAUCGAUUACACCUGGAACCUUCUGAAGAGACAGACGCUCCCGCCAGACUUCAGCAUCUACGAUCUCGUCCAACACAUGCGCACGCAGAGGCCCUCUGUGGUUCAGACUAAGGAGCAAUAUGAGCUGGUCUACAGAACAGUCAAGUUCCUGUUUGAGAGAUAUUUGCAGUCGUUCGAUUCAACAGCCUGUCAAAACAAGGUGCAGCCAGCCCCUUUCCCCAGCCCAGCCAACGAGAAAUCAGACCUGAGCCAAGAGUCAGAAUCUGACUUAAAGCCAGCCUCACAGUGUCAGCUGGAUCCAGAGCCACAGGAUACAAGGUUGACGCUAAUGGAGGAGCAGGUGCUUGGACCCGCUCAGCUCGGGCCUUCAGCACAGGAGAGGGUUUCAGCACAUCCCAGCAGAGACGACCACCACUGGAGGGAAAGAGAAGAAGAACAACAACAACAACCCCAACCACCCCACCACCAACGACAUCCACCACCACUUGAACUGUUACAGAGAACCCCUGAGGUUGUGACCCCGGCCCAGGUGCAAGACCACGUGGGCCACGGCCUGGGACUUAUAAGCAGAGCAAGAGAGGAAGAGAGGCAUGAGCCAGAGGACAGCGAACCGCCACCCAAACCCACCAUGCUUCGCCUGGCCACCACCUGCCUGACGGUGGAGGACCCCUACUUUGGAAGCCCGAACAGAACCUCAUUUCUGGCAGAAGCACCUGAGUAUUUGAUGGAAGACUUGGUCAGCUGCCACGCCCCGACUUUAGCCCUGAACGACCUCGACCUCCCCUGCUCCGCAGGUCAUUCGUUGCAGGUCAUCAUCCCCCCAAAUGCUGCUGCUCUGGCCAUAAGUGAAAUGGGAGGCACAGGGAGCCCCCCCUCACCUGUCCCCCCACUCCCAGAACGAACCCCAGAAUCCUAUGAGUUGGCCCAUGAUGAAGCCCUCCUUGAGCAGUUUACCUCCGGCCGCCCGGUAGGUCAGAACAGAGUGGGCUUGUCCUCAGAGUGGUCUUGUGAUUCAUUGAGGCCCCCUGCCACUCAACAUGAGGUCAAAUCCUGGACCAGGAGCAAGAGCCUAAAAGUAUCAAUGACUUCCCCUGCUGCCCGGUCCAAUAUGAGUUCUAGCCACCUUCCUCCUCCUCCUCCUCCUCCUCCUUCUGCACCAAUACAACCAGAGUUGGAUCCCCUUCUACAAGUGGGCAUGAACCCUCCUCUUCCUCAAAGAACUCCAGAGUCCUUCAUCUUGGCCACUGAGGAAGUGGAUGAAGAGCCCGGCUCCCUGCUGCAGGUGUCCGACCCGGGCCCGCGGAUAGGAAUCUCCUCCGAGUGGGCAGGCAGCGCUCAGCCCAAGAAGUUCCUGGAUUUCGUUUUCAUGACCAGGAGCAAGAGUGUUCGUGCAAAGAGUUCAAGACAAGAACCCUUGGCUGUAGUUCGGCAGCUGGCUCCUCCCUCUGUGGUGUUCAGCGGAGCGGGAAGUGGAGUGGAGCAGCAUGUUCACUUUGUGAGCACUGAGACCUCAGAGCAUAAAGCAGUACACACCGACAAUGGGAAGGUCAUGUCUAGAACCAGGAGUUUGAAAUUCUUCAGAUCCAGAGGUAAAUCUAAACCUGCAGCUCCACCUGCACCGUUGCAGCCCGGACCCACACCUCCUUCCACGAACGGGACCUCCAGCUCCGGGUUUAAAUUUGGAUUUGGGAACCGUUUCGCCAAGCCCAAGGGGCCGAGGAGUUACCCUGAACCCUGGACUUGAACCCCGGACCUCUCUCGCCUGCUCUUUCUUUUCUAAAACUCUGGUUAAACCCCCCAUCCUGGAGAUUGGGAUCCUAUUUCAUCAGCAGAAUGGAUAAUUAAUGAUAGUGUCUACCUCAGGGGUCAGCAACCUUUUCAACAUGCAGUGCCAGUUUGACAUUUUCUCGCUAAUGAGUUUGCCUUAAGCAACAAUAUAUUUAAUAUUAAGCUGAAUUAUGACAAAGCAACCGAAAACAUUUCCAGAAGCCCUGGAAUUGUAUUAUUUCCUGCAUCAACAUAAAAAAAUAUGUUUUUAUGUUUGCAACAUGGGCUUACAAAGUAUAAUUGCAUAUGUCCAAUCUUAAAACACCACUUUCAGAAACUCAUUCAAAAACAUAUUUGCACUGUGAGAAAUGUAAAAACAAGAAUAUAUGAGAAUGGUGGAACCAUCCACAUCAAUAUCUUUAAGACAUGUACAGCUUUGCAAAACCAUGUGAAGGCGAUGCAUAAAGGCUGCAACAAUAUUUUAAAUAUUUUCUUGUCUAUUACUCACGACAUAGGUUUAAAAACGAUAAAUUUAUCCCAUUUCAGAACACUGCUUUCAGCAACUAAUUUAAACAUAUUUGCACUGGGAGGAAAUGCCCAAAACAGAAUAAAGUGCAAAAAAAAACGGUAGUAAUGAUUAUGCUGCCGCAUUGUGCGUCCACAUUUGUCAACACAAAUGUUGUCAAACACCUUCUUUUUUUUUUUUGUGAUGAUUAUGCUGCAACGUGCCAGUGGUGGCACGCGUGCCUAGGGUUGCCGACCCCUCCUUUGUUCAUUAAGGUUUUACAAAACAAACCCCUUUACUCUCAGGAACAGAUGGCUACACAUCCAUGAUCUGUAAUGGAAAGUUAGUCGAUCAAGUGAACAUGUUUUUGGUUUACAUUGAUGUGUGUAUGCCAUUUUGUUCAUAUUUAUAGUUGACAAACUGCAUUUUGCUGUUGAUCUUUAAACAAAAAGCAAAUCCUUUUAUUGUUUUAAUUGCAAAUAUUCAAGUGACAAUAGCUUUAUUAAUUCCAUUCAGCAAUUUAUUUAUUGUUCGACGACACUGUACAGUUGAAUUUAAUACACUGCCUGCACAAAAUAAUUUAUUGAAUGUAUACAAAUAAUUGGAAUUCCCAGUGUUUUUUUAUUUUCUAUCUUUCCAUAAAAGGUCUCAAUACUUCUCCAACACCAAUAUUUCUGUUAAGACGCCAACGACAAACAAAGAAACAAGGCAGACGAGACCGUACAUCCGUCUCAUAAAAACGCUUCGGGUGUAGUUCCAGCAGGUUGGCAAAGUAAAGGCUACAUCGUUUUAGUAAAACGUCUGCUUAAUAGCUCCACCUAGUGGUAUAACCAAUAGCUGCAAUGAGCUCUUGCUGAAAAGGUAGGUGGAAUAUAUACUCGUGUGGUGACCCACAAGUACGAUUAAGAGACAUUCACCAAGGGAAUGUACCUUUAAGGGAAAGGGUUAUGUCAUAGCAGUUCCGGUUUAACCUGGUUUUGACCUCACUCUCGGUUGAGGUGAAGUUUUAUAUUGAAGUGUAGAGUAAAGCUGACUCGACGCAUCUCCGUCUCUUGUUUCCUCAUUUAUUGCAUUCAACAAUUGAUGGCCCCCCGAUGGACGCCGCCAAUGGCACACCUAUUUGUACCUAUGGCACGAGGUAUGUUGAAGUGUGUUUCAGCGGGCGCAUUUUCGGACUUUGUCAUGGCCGCCGUGUCUACGCCACUCCUGGGGGCGGAUUUCCUCUGCUCUUACAGACUGUUGGUGGAUGUUACAAUGUGCCGCCCGACUCUCUCUCUUUUGCUUCGUACCCCUGACCGCUGGGAGGGGUGGGGGCGCUUUGUCUGUCGAACACGUUUGCCACCAGGGACCUGUAUCAACGCCUGCUUGCUGUGUUUCCUGACAUCACCACGCCCACGUUUUCAUCGGCAGUGGCUAAACAUGGCGUGGAGCACUACAUCACAACUCGCGGUUGGCCAGUGCGAUGUCUCCACUGGCCAACCGCGCCCCAUGGUACCUGCUGGCUGGAGGCAUAAGGUCUUUGACACUAUCCACGGCUUUUACCAGCCGGGGGUGAAGGCCUCUGCCAAGCUGGUGGGGGCCAAGUUCGUCUGGCCGGGCCUGCGGAGGGACGUCAGGGCCUGGGCUGCUGUCUGUGUGGCGUGCAAAGGUGACUCGUCAUACCAAGGCCCCCUUGGCACCCUUCAAAGUGCCAGAGAGACGUUUCGAUAAUGUGAAUGUGGACCUGGUGGACCCACUUUCCCCCUCCCGUGGUUACACCUACCUCCUCAACAUGGUGGACAGGACCACCAGGUGGCCAGAAGUGGUUCCCCUGUCCUCCACUACAUCAGCGGAAGUGGCCCGGGCGUUCAUUAUGGCUUGGGUGACCUGUAUCGGCACACCGUCCAACCUUUCCUUGGCCCGGUCUGCAGUUCACAUCAGAGCUUUGGACUGCGGUCGCUGGGGUCGUGGGGGUGAAGGUCCACCGUACCACAGCCUAUAACCCACAGAGCAACAGACUUUGCGAGCGGUUUCACCGGGACAUGAAGGCCGCGCUCAGGGCCAGCCUUAUGGGCAGUGACUCCGCUGACCGCGGCCGCCUCCCAUGGAUUAUGCUGGGCCUUCGCUCCGCCCCCAAGGAAGAUCUCGGUUGCCUCCCAUCGUGCUGUGUCCCGGGACAUUGCCAAUGCUUUCGUUCCCAUUCCGACGCCUCACCAUGGCCUCCCCCGGUCCUACUUUCCCAUGGAUUUACCGUCAGCCAAAUAUGUUGUCAGCCGCCACGAUGGCCACCGUACCCCCCUGCCCUUCCGCGUCCUGGAGGGAGGGUCUAAGAACUUUGUUAUGGAUAUGGGGGGCAGGCCUGAGCGGGUGGCUAUAGACCGUCUCAAGCCUGCUCAUGUGGAUAUUGGCAAACCGCUCCAGCUGGCCCAGCCCCCGCGGCGAGGGCGCCCCCUGCGGCAGCCUCGACACCUGCCCCUGCCCUUUGCUCUUCUCCUGUUCUGGCCGCCUGGUCCGCCCCCCUAUCCGUUGACUUUUCUAGGGACAGUUGUGAGCUGGUCUGUUUGCACUAGUGGGUGUCCUGUGUUCUCUUUGGGGUACCUGUUUGGUCCGCACUGUUAUUUUGGGUGAAUUCUGGGGGGGCCUGUGUGGUGACCCACAAGUAAGAUUAAGAGACAUUCACCAAGAGACUGUACCUUUAAGGGAAAGGGUUAUGUCAUAGCAGUUCCGGUUUAACCUGGUGUGUCCGUUUUGACCUCACUCUCGGUUGAGGUGAAGUUUUAUAUUGAAGUGGAGAGUAAAGCUGACUCGACGCAUCUCCGUCUCUUAUCUCCUCAUUGAGAGCACUCCAGAAUAUUUACUUUCCGAAACAGAAAUGUUGACAUAGUUACAUACAAUCACUGACAAUCAUUGUUUUUCAAAUCAAAUAAAUGUGCAUAAACAUA